AUGCCUCCCAAACGUGGUUCCGCGACCCGCGGAGUGCGACGCGUGGAGACACCCCGCAUGGCCCGCGAAAAACCCUCGACAAGGGCUGAAAAAGGAGUUGCUCCUUCAGUGGCGGCAGAAACACCAUUGGAAGCAGCUGCGGAGGUCCCGCCGGAAGAUUUGGUUUUGACGCCGCCCCCGCAGCAGCCAGCUGACAAGGAAGAAGCAACAAAUGAAGCUCUUCCAUCCGCCACUGUCUUGUCUUUGAGGGACGAAGUCAUCUGGAGCGACGACGACAACGACGACGACGACGAUGGUGUGUUCUUGUUUCCCGAUGCAGAAGGUCUGUUCGAGGUGAAGGAAUCCAACCCGGAUGUUAUUCGUGUUGGUACGACGCAAAAGUUGGAUGAGUCAGACAGCAGCGAGGAUGAGGCAACACUCAACCGCGUCGGGGACAUUCCACUUGAGUGGUACAAGGAUGAAACGCACUACGGGUACGAUGUUGAGGGUCGUAAGCUGAUGAAAAGCGAGCGCUCCGCGUUGGAACGUCUGUUGGAUGCGACGGAUGACCCCAACGCAAUGCGAACCAUCUACGAUGCCCUCCAUGACGAAAAGAAAACAUUGAGCAAUGCGGACCUGCAGAUGAUAUUUAACCUGCAGCGCAACCGCACGCCAAAUGCAAAAUACAACAUGUACGCCGAUGUGUUGACGGAUAGCGUUGAGUUUGACUUUCUUAAUCACCCUUUGGCGCGAGGAGGAGGACCGUCCAAGAAAAAGUUUGUUCCUGCUCCAAGUGACAUGAAGAUCAUUGAAAAGAUGGUGCGUCGUCUUAGGAAGGCAGAAGAAAACAAAACCGAUGAAAAGGAGAAGACUCCACUUGAUGAGCCUCUUGUGAUCUGGGACGACGGUAAGGUAGAAAUGGAUCCCCACACCAAGUUCAAGUAUCAACACCGUGUGCCAAAGCCGAGGUUCCGCCUCCAGGCACAUAUGAGAGCUAU